AAUCACUGAAUUUCAUAACGGACAAGACCGUCUAUAUAAGUACCUGGAUAUUGGAAAAUCUAAUUCGUUGGCAUUGGAAAGUUCACUACAUUUCAAAAAAAUUACAAACACAUUAAGUGGUGUCUCUUUUACAAAGCAAUUAUCCAUUAAUAUGAAGCAAAAGGUGGUUAUUCAAUUAUCCAUGAAUGGGAACGAUCAUAAAUCUCGUUCCAAGGCCUUCAAGAUUGCGGUUUCUCAGCCAGGGGUAGAAUCAGCAACCAUACAAGGACAAGAAAAUAACCAAUUAGAAGUUGUGGGUGAGCAGAUUGAUGCAGUGGUGCUGGCCAAUUUGCUUAGAAAAAAAUUUGGCCUGGCUGAGAUUGUCACAUUUGGCCCUGUUGCUGUUGGUGACAAAAAUAAGAGCCAAGAUGUCAUGAUGCUGUGGCAACCAUAUAAUUACCAGUCUCAUUAUGUAGUCCCUCAAUAUCAUGCUUAUGAAGUUAGAGAUUCAUAUCAACAGGGCUGCUCUAUUAUGUGAAUGUUAAAAAAUGCAUAAUAGACUUAGGUGCUAUUGCUAUAUGUGUAAUUGUGUAUCAUGUAAUUUUCAAAUUUCAU